AUGGUGGUGGCAACCUGCCCACCCGGCAACACUGACCGCUUUCAGGCGCCGAUGCUGAGCUUGCCGCCCUUCUGCGAGCUGCGCUGCCCAGACCCUGAAACUUGGCCGCCGGGCUACCGCCUGAGCGACGCGGGCUGGCAGUGUCAGCCGGACUAUACCGGUGAGCCGCUGAAGUUUUGCAAUGCCACGCCCAGCUGCAACGAGACUGACUUCCCACAGCUGGAUGAGGAAGGGAACUGUGCCAACGCGGUUGAGCUGGACAUCAGCCUCAGCGGGUGCAAGAAGCGUCAGCCCUGUACAGCGCCGGACCUAUCCUCCUGCCGCCUGGAGAGCCCGGAAUGCCCGGCGCAGCUGGCGCCGGGGGCCAGCUGCGAAACCCGGUGCCGCUUCCCCUUCCAGGGCCUCCCCUCCGUGGCGCACUGCCCAGCGGACAACACGCUGAUGGACGGCCAAGGCUUGGAAUGGGAGCCGCCAGCUUGCAGCAUUCCGGAGUGCUACGACCCCGUACCUCCAGGCUAUCAGUUCGGCCUGAAUGGUUGGGAGUGUGCCGCUGGCUUUUACGGUGCUGCUGUGCGCUCCUGCGGUACAGAUACGAACUGCGAAAGCGAGAUAUCCCUUUCAGGCUGCUUGCAACUGCAGCCCUGUCGCCUGCCGAUGCGCGACAGGUGCCGCUACGACUUCACAGACUGCCUGGCGGCACUGGACGGCGCCAACUGCGAAGUAAAAUGUUUGGCUCCUUACCAGGGCCAGGCGGGCGUGGCGUUCUGCCCCGCGGGCAACGUGGAUCCCGAGCAAGAGCUGCAGGUUGUGGCCUGGCCCAACUGCGUGGCCACCUGCCCUGAGAGCCCUCCUGCGGGCUACGAGCGCACGGACCUGGGCUGGCGCUGUGCGUUGGGCUAUGACGGCAGCGCCCAGGCCACGUGCACCAUCUCCGAGCUGGACGGAAGUUGUGUUUCCGACCUCCAGCUGGGUGGAUGCUUGUCGCGGCAGCCCUGUGCGCCUCCGGCGACUCAGGAGCCUUGCAUGUAUGACUUCCCCAGCUGCACCCAAAUCGACGCCGGCGCCAGCUGCGAGAUUCGGUGCAAGCAUCCCUACCGGGGGAGCUCUGCUGUCGCCACCUGCCCGGCCAACAACACCGAUCCUCUGAAAGCAGCAGAUGUGGAGCUGCCGGACUGCGUGGUCAAGGCGCCAUGCCCAGAUCCUCCGGAGGGACCGCCUGAGGCAUAUAGAUACACCGGCAACAUCCUGGAGCCCGUGGUAUGCGCGCCGGGCUACUUUGGCCAGGCUUUGCGGCAGUGCGUCGCCAAGCCCUUGCCUGACUCCGAGGAGGGGACCGACUGCUACGCCGAAGGCGAGUUCAGCGGCUGCGCCCGGAUCGAGCCGUGUCGGGCCCCAGAGAUUGGGGCGACCGACUGCGAGCUGCAAAGCAACUGCAGUGAGAUCAUGGAGGCUGGCAGCAGCUGCAAUACCUGGUGCAGGCAGCCCUUGGUUGGGGAGAUCUCGGCGGCCGUGUGCCCCUGGAACAACACGCAGCCGCUGAAGUGGGCGGAUUGGAGGAAGCCCAGCUGCAGCUGCCCGGACCCGGCGCGCGUCUUCCCGGGCUAUGCCGCGGGGGGCAACUGGCAGUGCCUGGCUGGCUACGUGGGCACGGCCCAGAAGGUGUGUCCCUGCGGGGGUUCAGAGAGCCUUCUGAUGGGCUGCCAUGCGCCGGUGCUCUGCGGGGCGGCGGGGUUCUUGGACACAGACCGGCGGAAGAACUUCGUGGGGGGCGAGCUGAAGUUUGGGCCCUCCACCCUGGAUGGGCGCAAGGAUGAGGAUGGCGUGUAUCGCUACGAAGUCUUUUGGGCUGAUGACUGUGGCAACCCGCUGGGCGACGCAAUCUUGUCAGUGCCUCCACGCACGUCUGGCGGGCCAACGAAUCUUUGGCCGGGAGGCUGCUGCAAGACGGAUGUGUACACAGCGAUGCUGGGUCCAAUGGCCUUGCCAAGUGCGGCCAGGACUUUGCUGAUUUCAGUGCUGACUACCUCAGGGCCGGCGCCGGACGGGUUGGUGGUGCCACUGGUAGAUGAAAGCUAUGAGGAAGCCUCAUGGCAAGCACCAGGAUGUGAUUGCGCAGGGCCAUCAGGGUAG